AUGACGACGAUUGGAAAAAUUGAUGUUUUUGAUGAAACCCAAGAAAGCUGGGAGACGUAUGUCGAACGAGUACAACAUUUUUUCGCUGCAAACGAUGUCGACGACAAUCAUCAAGUGCCAACUCUGCUGAGUUUGAUUGGAAGCAAAACGUAUUCAUUAUUAAAGGAUUUACUUUUGCCAGAAAAGCCUGCAGACAAGAACUUUGAUGAAAUAGUAAGUACAUUACAGAAGCAUUUAAAUCCUAAACCACUAGAAAUUGCCGAACGGUUUCGUUUUUAUAAGAGAAAUCAGCAAGAAGGGGAGAGCAUUUUAAGUUAUAUAGCUGAGUUAAAGAAAUUAACCACACAUUGCAAUUUUGGAAAUAACUUGGAAGAAACCUUGCGCGACAGAUUGGUGUGUGGAUUAAGUAAUCAGCAAAUUCAGAAACGUCUCCUUGCAGAGUCAAAAUUAAAAUUCUCCAAAGCUGUUGACAUAGCAGUUGCUAUGGAAACAGCCACUCGAGAUGCUACAGAGAUCCACAGCAAGGGAAGAGAAGAAAAACCUCUUGGUCUUGACAAACUGACACUGAACAGACCCUCGAAUAGAUCAGAUAGUGGCCCAUCUUCCCCUGUAGUGUGUUAUCGAUGUGGAGCUAAUACCCAUGUUACAACUGAGUGUAGAUUUAAGAAAGAAGUCUGUCACAAGUGUGGAAAGAGAGGUCAUAUUCAAAGAGCUUGCCGGGCACAACAAAGCCAGGGGCCCGGUAGACCCUCGCCCAGAUCAAGAUACCAGAAAUCGACCAAUGCCAUAGAGACCGAACCAGAUGAGUAUGAACACUUGUUGAAUAACCUAGAAGUUCAUAGUGUAAACAAAUCAAACAGUGAUGUCAUAUGGGUUGACGUGAAAGUUGAAAAUCAACCACUAUCCAUGGAACUAGACACAGGAUCGGCCGUGUCCAUUUUGCCAUAUGACAUGUUCUUGGAAAGAUUUCGCGACAAGAAGUUAGAGAAAACAACCACCGUACUAAAGACCUAUACUGGUGAACUGAUCGUUCCAGUUGGUUUCCUUACCAUGCAAGUUGAAUACUUAGAUCAAUCAUGUCAAUUGCCAUUCCAUGUAGUCCAGACUAAGGGUCCAGUGUUAAUGGGUCGAGAUUGGCUUCACAAGCUUCGCCUCGACUGGAAAACCAUUAAGUUGUUGAAAUCCUCAGAUUUCAGCCAUAGAAACCCUGGCACGACUACACAAGAGAAGCUGAAAAACCUAUUGGAUACGUAUGCAGAGGUUUUUGAAGACAAGCUGGGAACUUUCAAGUCUGCCAAAGCAAGGAUAACCCUCAAAGAAGGUAGUCAACCACAGUUUCGCAAAGCUCGCCAGGUCCCAUAUUCCUUACGACCGAAAGUGGAGGAAGAACUGAAGAGAUUUCAGAGCGAAGGUAUUUUGUCGAAAGUAGAGUGGAGUGAUUGGGCGACACCGAUUGUACCAGUGGCGAAACAAGAUGGUUCAGUCCGUAUUUGUGGUGACUUCAAAGGUACUAUUAACCCAAUACUACAAGUAGAACAGUAUCCUCUGCCUCGAAUCGAAGAUAUCUUUGCCCAUUUAGCUGGUGGGAAAAAGUUUUCCAAGAUCGACCUCCGCCAAGCUUACCAUCAGAUUGAGCUGGAGGAAGAUCCAAGAAGUACCUUACAAUUAAUACGUCUAUGGGCUUGUUUCAAUACAAUCGAUUGGUGUUUGGUAUUACCUCAGCUCCCGCCAUUUGGCAGCGUACCAUGGAUCAGAUUCUGGAAGGAACUUCUGGUAUUAGUUGUAUCCUAG